UUCACAGGGGGGUCCCCAGACCGGAAAAUACGUCAUCGAGGGGUGUGUAUAUAGGUCCACAGAAUUACCUCCAAAAUACUUCACUCUGCCCUCAAUCAUCGCUGGGACCACUGCUCCUGAUUCUGAAGCUGUUUUUUGUUGCUGCUUGCUUUGCAAAAAUGGAUCACGCUCCGACAGGCUCCAUUAUAGGCUCUGAAAACGCCAGCAUCCCCACGACCUGGACUCCCCCCUCUUCUCCAUCUCUGAUGAUUCACACCCAGCAGCCGACACCUCCUCCAUCCCCAGAGCCUAUGGCCACGCAGGAAGAGAAGAAUUGUGAAACUCAUGAGGUGUUUGAGUAUUCCGAAAAGUUUGUGGAAGGUAUUAGAAUGAGCGUGACACACUUGCUGGCCAACGUCUGGUGUCGAUACAUCAGAGAGAUCUGUUACGGAUGUCAGACGAAUAAUCCCAGUCAGAAAAACCAUCCGUGUUUGGAUCCAGACGAGUGUUUCUACCAGCUACACUUUGAACCUCUGAUGAAAAGGCUUUGGACUGAGAACUUCAUACCCUCCAUCUCCAUGUUUAUGUUCAUGAAUAAUGUCGAUGUGGGGAGAGACCGCAUCAUGGGGGCUGCGGAAGUACUUUUAAACGAGCUGAAAUAUGCAGAUAAUGUGGCGCACACCAUGGAUAAAAUGUCUGAGACCUGGGGGGAAGACAAACACAAAAUUAAACAACUGCAAAAGCUUCUCAAAUGUUAUGAUGGAGAGUGUGAGUCACCCGAUGAAAUUGAUUUUGAUGAUGACGAAACUGAAACGGAUGAUGAUGAUGUGUAAAAUACAUGUUGACAGAGAGAAAAUUAAAUGAAAUCGAAAACAAUGUGAAAAUCUUGAGUGUCUUGAUAACGUAAUUCUUAAACAAAUGUUAUCCUUCCGGCUACCAUGUCUUGUAUGACAGAAAUAAAACAUGUUGGAAUGAACGCCCCUGUGGUCACUCGUACUUUGACACCAUCAUGGAGAGGACGCUGCAAAAGAUUUAUUAUGAUCCAUCGCAUCCAGGGGGUUUGGGCAGUGCGACUAAACUGCGCAAAGCCGUUAGAGAAUGUACCGGCGUGAACCCUCCCAUGACCGAGGUGAAUGCCUUUUUAUUGGAACAAGAUGUGUACACGUUACACGCUAAGGCUGCGCUACAUUUUCCGAGGAACAGGGUUUUAGUUAGCGGUAUAGACAGACAGUUUCAGAUGGAUCUUGUUGAUAUGGGAGAAUAUGCGGAGGAAAAUGACUCAGUACGGUAUUUGUUGACGUGUAUCGAUGUAUUUUCCAAGUACGCCUGGGUUAGAUGUCUUUCUAACAAAUCAGGCUCCACCGUCGCCAAAGCCUUUAAGGAUAUUCUGAGGGAGGGGCGUGUACCAGCGAAACUCCAAACUGAUGAAGGAACAGAGUUUUACAAUAAGCAAUUUAGGAAGCUUAUAGAUCAACACAAAAUCACUCAUUUUUCAACCUCAAACGAGACCAAAGCAAGUGUAGUGGAACGUUUUAACAGGACGUACAAGACUCGAAUGUGGAGAUAUUUAACAUCCGUUAAUUCACGCAGAUAUGUGGACGUGGUUCAAGAUCUUGUAGACGCGUACAACAACUCGCAUCAUAGAUCUAUAAAAAUGGCUCCAUCAUCUGUAAAUAAAGACAAUGAAAAGAUUGUCUUCAAUCAUCUAUACAAGUCGAAGCCCCCAAAGACUGUGAGCUUUAAAUUUCACAAGGGGGACACCGUGAGAAUAUCA